AUGAGCAGCGAUCCGGAACCAAACGCACCAAACAACAACGAUUUGAGCCAUCACGUUCGCCACGAGUACUGCCACAAUCGGCCCUCGUAUCGUGCCUCCCGGAAACAGACCGCCGUCAAGGCCUACUCAGUUGCCAGCGAGUCUCGACAUUUGCUCGUCUUCGGAGUGCCCCAGAUCGAUCUGCUCCGGGAGCUCAAGGUCGAAUUCCGGCGGUACGGCACGGUCCAGCUGGUGCAAAACGUGACCGAAGCGGUCAAGGCUACCGGAAGUGUCGAGGUCGAACCCUUCACCGACGUGUUCCACGUGCGCUUCGAAAAGCUCGAGCGUGCCCGGCGUGCCAAGAAGCUGCUGGACGCGAAAAACUUUUACGGCGGCAUCCUGCACCUGUCGUACGCCCCGGAACGCGAAUCCAUCGAGGAGUUGCGCCAAAAGUUAGCGCAACGUCGGCGCGAGGUCGCCUUUCGAGUUCCAAAGAAGCAGAAGCCUACGGUAGCGAGAGGGGACGAGCCACAGCCAAAGAGAGUGAAGAAGUGUUAA